UGCAGGAAAGGCUAUGGACGCCGUGCUCCUACUGGCCUACGGUCUGCGGGACAUGCUAGCCGCAGGGGAGACGGUGGAUCCCGAGUCUCUCAACUGUUCAGUCAUCCCACAUCCAGAGUGGUCCAGGGGGGAAACCUUCCUACAGCACCUACAUAUGGUGGAUGGCCCCGGUGUGACCGGACGUGUUAGUAUGAAGUCAGACGGGAGUUCCAGAAACGCAGUCUAUGAUGUCGUCACGCUGGAAAAGGACGGUUGGAAAAAGGUUGGGCGGUGGAACGACUCGGCCGGACUGACCUUGCCAGAACGCGUGACCUUCAUGGGAGGUCAACAAGAGGUCAUCGAUUUCAUCAGUGACCUCAGCAACAGAACCUUGAGGGUGGUGACGCACAAGGAGCAAGGCUUCGUCCACAUCCGGGACACUGACGAGUGGGGGAAAAACCUCACCGGAAAAGAACGAUUUUCUGGCUUCUGUAUAGAUCUGCUUGAGUGGCUGUCAGAAAAACUCGGCUUCAGGUACGAGCUGUACGAAGUGGAAGAUAACAACUUCGGCGCCUACGAUCCUGAGCUGAAGAAAUGGAACGGCAUGGUUCAUGAUGUCAUCACAAAGACCGCAGAUAUCGCCAUGGCAACCCUGACCAUCACGGCACAGCGGGAGGAGGCCUGUGACUUCACCAUGCCUUAUGUGGAUGUCGGUCUGACCUUUAUCAUGGGCAAAGAGGAGACCAAAACAUACAGUCUUUUGAACUUCCUGACACCGUUCGAGAGAGAUCUGUGGUUCAUGUUUGUCGUGACAGCAGUAGCCGUGGGCAUUUUCCAAGCAGUGAUCAACUACCUGAGUCCGUACGGGUACCGGGCACAGGAGCAACCUGGACAGUCUGAAAGGAGCAAACGCAGGAGACGACAUGAGGAUCUGAACGCGAAACCGCCGUACCGACUGUCUGAUGCCGUGUGGCAGUCAUUUACCAUGCUGGUGCAGAUCGGACCAGAGGUCUUCCCUCGGUCCUAUGCAGGGCGCAUCACCGCUAUUUUCUUCGGUCUGGGCACCAUGGUGCUGCUGGCUACUUACACCGCUAACCUGGCAGCCUUCCUCACGGUCAGCCGGCUCAUGAGCGGCAUCAACUCGGUGGAGGACUUGGCAGCACAGUCUGAAGUUCUCUACGGAGCUCGAGGAAGCGGAGCGACGGAGAGUUUCUUCCUGGAGUCCAAACUAGAGCCGUACAAAACUAUGGCCAGACUGAUGACGGAAAAGAGAGAUGACGUCAUGGUGACGAGCAUGGAGGAAGGUUUGAAGAAAGUGCGGGAGGGAAACUACGCCUUCAUCAGCGACAACGUGGUGCUGGAUUAUGUAGCAACCAGACAGCCUUGUGACAUCAAAACGGUUGGGCGUUUGUUCCGGAAUGCCGGAUAUGGUGUUCUACUAGCCAAGGGCUCGCCGUACACAGGGGAGUUCUCCAACGCUAUCAUUCAAGCCAGGGAGUCCGGGUUUAUAGAGACGCUGACCAAAAAAUGGAUUACAAGUAACGAGUGUGACAAGUCGCAGAACACAGGCGCGUCCCAGGACAGGAUCUCCAUCAACAAGAUGUUGGGCGUGUUCGUGGUCAUCUAUGGCGGGAUGUGCGUCAGCCUGGUGGUGCUGGUGUUUGAGUGGCUAGUGGCGUCAUGCCGGGACGUCGACACGAAAAAACCAAAGGCGCCGAAGUCGAUAGGAGAAGCGGUCUCCAAAAACCUGCGGUCCCAGGCUAGAAGAUACAAGUCGGACUGGGACUCCUUUUGUGGCGAUAAGAGAGAACUCGAUGAUAACAGGACGGAGAUUCGUAUGAAGAGAAGGUCUGCCAACAACAACACGUCGGCAAAUCACUACAACACUCGAGAUCACAGGCCCUUUUCAGCCUGCUCUUCCGAGCCAGACGGAGAGGAGGAGCUGCUGCACGUCACUGUGUUGUAACAUUCGUUGCUGCUACAUUUAAAAUAUGUGUACAUAUCCUAUCUAUCAUAUGUCACUUCAUUUUAUGAGCUAACGUUUUGCUACUUACAACAUCGCUUUAGACGUUUGGUUUUAUAAAUUGUAUCUAGUUUACCGUGUUUAAUUAACUACAGUAGAUAAAGAGUCCUUAGCUGCGAUCUUUAACCUUUGUUCAUUCGGUUUCCUUGACAUUCAAAGUGUUCAAGUGGUAUGUUAUCCUCUCGCUACACAGUACCUUGAAACACAUGCCCAAUCUGUAAUUCUGCUGUUCGGAUAUCCAGAUCUCUUAAGCACAUGUUUCGUGUUGUUUUUCGUUCAGUAUAAGUCCUUGUAUUGUAUCCAGUGUUGCGUUAGUUACCAAAAGUUCAACACUGCAUGGGGUAGGGCGAGGACACGACUAAAUAUGCCUAUUUGAUAUCAAACAUGACUGUUUGAUGUACGGAUUGAGCGAUUGUGCGUUUGUAUGAUCAGUGCCACACGUGUUGCCAGUUCAGUAAAAAUGUACAGACAACUAUGUAGUAUAAUAUUCAAAAUUUGAGGCACAUGUGUGUGCAGGGUUUGCCUUUCAG